UUAAAUUAAGAUAGAUUAGCAAGCCCACCUUUAGAGACAGGCUUGGAAAUCAAACCUCCGGGUUCAACUAGAUUCCUCUGGCACCGGUUUCGUUUUCCUUCUCUUCCGAAUUCUGCUGUUGUUCUGAUCGGAAUCAGUGAACGCCAUGGAAUACGACUUCAGAAACCGAACAGGACCUCCUUACGAUACACAAUCGCCGAUGUACGGCAGGCCAGCUACCGGAGCUCCACAGCCACAUCCUAUGUACGGACAAGCUCCCGGACUCUAUCCUAGACCUGGUCAACACUCCGGCGGCCGGAACCCUCCUUUCCAUCACACGCCUCCUCCGUCUUCAAACACUGGAAUCGGCAUCAGAGUUGCUAUUAAACCCGAAUAUCGGAUUACACCUCCGCCUCAAUUGUCAACACAAGUGGGAGAAAUUCCCCGAAGCACAUUCAACUUUGAUUUUGACCUUGAGAAAAAGAUUUUGGCUGAAGCAGAAAAGGAAAGCCAGAACUGGAGCAAGCUAGGGCUGGAAAAUCUUCCACCUAUAAUGCCAGAACAACCUAGCAUGGGAUACACUGGAGAUCUUAUGAUGAACAAAUACGCAACAGCUGGUUUCAAUAGAGAGGCUGUGGCCAUAGCAGUUGCAAAUUAUGGUGAUAAUCCGAUCAAGGUGAAGGAAUUUGUGGAGGGAUAUACUCUCUUGAAAGAGAUGGGAUUCUCAUCAAACAGUGUUGCAGAUGCCUUACUGAUGAAUGACAACGAUAAAGAUAAGGCAGCAGCUCAAUUGCUAGGCAAUUCAUCAUAAUAAUUUUAAUGAAUAUGUAACGUAAUGAAUGUGUCACUACAUUAUAAUUCAAACCUUAUACUUCCAUUGUAAAUGUAUGUUUUACCCAUUUACGUGUGUGCUGAUGAGAUAUUUUCUGGUGACUCCUAUUAUUAGCUUUUAUAUAA